CGAUCAUCCCCAACAACAUCAUCGCAUAAUACCCGAGCACAGCGACUGCCAAUUGCGCCACUCAUCACAUCACACACUUUCAUACUUUCACCCCGUAAACCGACCGACAAACCACCAAACACCCAAAUUCACCACAUAGCAAUAUGGGCCAAUUCGACUGGUUCCUCAAAAUUGGCGCCACCCCUCAGGCCGUCGCCGUGCUCAACGACCAACCCAUCCUCUUCACCAUCCUCGUUGUCGUGCUCAUUGCCGUCAUCCUCGAAAUCGUGCUGAUAUGGUACAUCCACUACGCGACGCUGAAGCCGGAGCAGCGGGCGGCCAAGAACAAGAAAAAGAAGGGGAGGGGGAAGCUAUCAACGGACGAAGUGCCUUUUCUGAGGGGUUUGCAACACCGACUUCGACGGAUUGACGGACGAUCGGGUUCUCUUUCGGCAAGAGAUCACUAUGUUGGUCGAACUCUUCCCCUCGAAGUUGUUAGGGACAUGACGCGCAGUAGAGGAUGGAUGCCUCACCGAUUGGAUAUGCUUCGUGAUCCCCUGGUGGGAGAAAUGCCCCUAGGAAGCGACAUCGCUCUCGAUGCGCGGAAAUAUGCCUGGCUGAUUAGCGAAUGGAAAACAUAUCUAUCAUGGAGUUGCGGGCUUGGGGCUGUCAGUAUAUACAGCGAAAGAUUUGCGGCGCAACAUAUCCGCUCUGUUGAAAGUUCCAGCACCUUUUGAAGAAACUUGUGGUAUAUUGUUCACGGACUGUUUGUGACU